AUGUCAUCCUCCCCAAACCUGGAUGUUAGCAACGAGAUCACAGAGGGGGUGUACACACCCUGCGACAUUGGAAGGAAUAUGAUCGUCUCCCCACCUGGAUACUGGGAAAGAUAUCACAGCGCGGAGGAUCCAGAACUGCAGCCGGUCCUCGCUUUGCUCUCCCUGUCCCUGUCCAUGUAUCUGGUCACGGUGCUGAGGAACCUACUCAGCAUGCUGACUGUCAGCUCUGACUCCCCCCUCCACACCCCCAUGUACUUCUUCCUCUCCAACCUGUGCUGGGCUGACAUGGGUUUCACCUCGGCCACGGUUCCCAAGAUGAUUGUGGACAUGCAGUCACAUAGCAGAGUCAUCUCUCAUGCGGGCUGCCUGACACAGAUGUCUUUCUUGGUCCUUUUUGCAUGUAUAGAAGACAUGCUUCUGCCUGUGAUGGCCUAUGACUGCUUUGUAGCCAUCUGUCGCCCUCUGCACUGCCCAGUCAUCGUGAAUCCUCACCUCUGUGUCUUCUUCGUUUUGGUGUCCUUUUUCCUUAGCCUGUUGGAUUCCCAGCUGCACAGUUGGAUUGUGUUACAAUUCACCAUCAUCAAGAAUGUGGAAAUGUCUCAUUUUGUCUGUGACCCCUCUCAACUUCUCAAACUUGCCUGUUCUGACAGCGUCAUCGAUAGCAUAUUCAUAGAUUUCGAUAGUACUAUGUUGGGUUUUCUUGUCAUUUCAGGGAUCCUUUUGUCUUACUAUAAAAUUGUCCCCUCCAUUCUAAGGAUUUCUUCGUCAGAUGGGAAGUAG